AUGUUGUCAAUAUCACCUAAUUCUAUAGCUCGAAGCUCGUUGGAGGAAAUGCUUGAUUCCCUCCGCCAAAGGGACGAAAACGAGAAGCCAAAGGACAUCCCACCGGCACUCCCUGCACGGCCCAAGCCCACCUCGCGGGCCCGACUUCCAUCCGCCAAGCGGCCAUUGCCCACGAGUUUAGGAGUUGGGGAUUUUGGGCCGGGCUUUAAGGCAUCUUUAAACGCUAAUUUGAAGGAUGGCUCGAAAGGGACUGUUCGGAACAGUUUCGGGGCUAAAAAGGUGAAGGGGGUUGAACCAAGGGAGUCGCCAUAUCUUAAUUCGGUAUCGGAAAAGAAAGUAGACGAGGAAAAGUUGGUUGGAAAAGACGAAGUGAAGCUUGCUUGCUCGACAAAUGGGUGUUUCCCUAAGUUUAGGGAGUCUGAGUGGGAUGACAAUCUCGGAUAUUUCAUUAAUAAGAGACUUCGUGUAUGGUGUCGGCAAAAUAACGGCCCAUGGGAAUCGGGGCAGAUACAAUCAACUUCAGGGCAGAAGGCUUCUGUUUUGCUGUCGGGUGGAAAUGUCGUGACAGUUCCCAAACAGAAUCUCCUACCUGCAAAUCCGGACAUUCUUGAAGGGGUAGAUGAUCUUAUAGAACUAAGUUACUUGAACGAGCCUUCAGUUCUUCACAAUCUUCAGUAUAGAUAUUCAAAAGACAUAUUAUAUAGUAAAGCAGGCCCUGUUUUAGUAGCAGUCAAUCCUUUCAAAGACGUGUCGCUAUAUGGAAGUGACUUUAUUACAGCUUAUAGACAGAAUCUUCUGGACAGCCCACAUGUGUAUGCUGUUGCUGACAAAGCUUACAAUGAUAUGAUGACUGAUGAAAUAAACCAGUCCAUUAUCAUAAGUGGGGAGAGUGGUGCUGGGAAGACUGAAACAGCUAAGAUUGCCAUGCAAUAUUUGGCUGCACUUGGCGGAGGUGGUGGAGGAAUAGAAUCUGAGGUCCUCCAAACGAGCUGUGUUCUAGAAGCCUUUGGUAAUGCUAAAACAGCCAGGAAUGAUAACUCCAGCCGAUUUGGAAAGCUGAUCGAAAUCCACUUUAGCGCUACUGGAAAAAUAUGUGGUGCUAAAAUACAGACUUGUAAGCAUGCUUGUAUUUGCCAAUCGAGAGUUGUUCAGUUGGCCCAAGGAGAGAGAUCAUACCACAUUUUUUAUCAGCUUUGCGCUGGGGCGUCUUCUGAUCUCCGAGGUCUGUUGAAGUUGAAAAGGGCUUCUGACUACAGUUAUCUAAAUCAAAGUGAUUGCUUGGAAAUCCAUGAAGUUGAUGAUGCUCACAAGUUUCAUAUGCUUAUGGAAGCCUUAAAUACCAUCAGAAUCAGCAAAGACGAUCAAGAGCAUGCCUUUGAGAUGCUUGCUGCAGUUUUGUGGCUGGGAAAUAUACAAUUUCGUGUUGUUGAUAAUGAAAACCACGUGGAGGUCAUUGAUGAUGAAGCUGUUAUCAAUGCUGCUGGCUUGCUCGGCUGUGCUACUCAUGACUUAAUGCUUGCCCUAUCAACUCAUAGCAUUCAAGCUGGAAAAGAUAAGGUUGCCAAACGGCUCACUCUACAGCAGGCAAUUGAUACAAGAGACUCGUUAGCUAAGUUCAUGUAUGCGAGCUUGUUCGACUGGCUGGUAGAACAUGUCAAUUACUCACUUGCGAUUGGAAAACAGCACACUGGAAGAUCCAUAAGCAUACUAGACAUUUACGGUUUUGAAUCUUUCAAGAAAAACAGCUUCGAACAGUUCUGCAUAAAUUAUGCUAAUGAGAGACUCCAGCAACAUUUUAACCGACAUCUGUUCAAACUUCAGCAAGAGGAGUACGAAUUAGAUGGAAUUGAUUGGACAAAAAUAGAGUUUGAAGACAACCAAGACUGCUUGGAUCUCUUUGAGAAGAAACCUCUUGGGCUGAUAUCUUUAUUGGAUGAAGAAUCACAUUUCCCCAAGGCUACAGAUUUAACCUUUGCAAGUAAACUUAGGCAGCAUUUGGACUCGAAUAAAUGCUUCAAAGGAGAAAGAGGUGGAGCAUUCAGCAUUCGCCAUUAUGCUGGAGAGGUUCUUUACGACACAAAGGAAUUCUUGGAGAAGAACAGAGAUCCACUGCAUACUGAAAUAAUUCAACUCCUAUCUUCAUGUACAAGCCAUUUGUCACAAUUGUUUGCUUCCAUGCUUAGAGAGUCCCAGGCACUGGCAAGCCCAUCGAUCAAGUUAGGAUUUUUAUCUCGUCAGAAACAAAGUGUUGCUACAAAAUUCAAGGGCCAACUGUUUAAAUUAAUGCAGCAGCUCGAAAGCACAACCCCACAUUUCAUUCGUUGUAUAAAACCGAACGGUAAGCAAAUUCCCGGUGCCUUUGACGAAGGUCUUGUGUUAGAACAGCUUAGAUGCUGUGGAGUACUCGAGGUCGUGAGGAUAUCGAGAUCUGGGUACCCUACUCGGAUGACUCAUCAAGAAUUCACAAAACGGUAUGGAUUUUUAGUUCCUGAAGAAAUUGCAUGUCAAGAUCCAUUAAGCACAUCGGUUAUCAUUCUGCAGCAGUUUGGUAUCCUCCCUGAGAUGUAUCAAGUCGGUUAUAAAAAAUUAUACUUCCGAGCAGGACAAAUCGCUGCUCUGGAAAAUGUGAGAAAACAAGUUCUACAAGGUACUCUUGAGGUGCAAAAGUGCUAUCGUGGUCAUCGUGCUCGUCGAUAUUUUAACGAACUCAAGGGAGGAGUGGUAACAUUACAAUCAUAUAUCCGUGGGGAAAUCGCAAGAAAGGACUAUGAUUUCUUGCUUCGGUUGAAAAACGAGGUUGCUUGCAAGAAGCUAGAUGAGCAGCUAAUGGCAGUUGUGCAAAUACAAUCUGUAAUUCGCGGAUGCUUGAUAAGAAGGCAUUUUAGCAAACUUCGUAGCAGACAGCCGCAUGUUACUAAAUGGAAACCCGGCAGACGAAUAUCUGAAAUCAAGGACUUGCCGCCAGAACUGUUGCCUUCGGUUGUUGAAGAGCUUCAAAAACGGGUAACAAUGGCUGAGAUGACAAUCGCACGAAAGGAAAAAGAAAAUGCGGCCCUAAGAGAGCAAGUACAACAAUACGAUGCACGGUGGUCUGAAUAUGAAUCGAAGAUGAAAUCCAUGGAGGCCACGUGGCAAAAGCAGAUGCAAUCUUUACAAUUGAGUUUAGCUGCAGCGAAAAAAAGUCUCGGCUCGGACAAUACUAACGCUCGACCAGAAAAGAUUAGUGGGGCCCAAACACCUUAUUAUGAUUCAGAAGAUGCAUAUUUAGGACCUCAAACUCCAAUUGCUACAAACGAAGCUCGAUUCUUGAACAACAAUGAUAUCGAGGCUGCUGAAAGUGGAGAAACUAAUAAUGUUGUCUUAAAUCCAGUCAGCCCUCUCGCCAGAGAGUUUGAAAGCAAAACACAUAAUUUCAACAGUGAAGCCCACACAAUUGUUGAUAUCAAGACAGGAAAUAAUAAUAAUAUGGCUUCGGGGAAUCUUGUAGAGGAACUGAGAAGACUUAAACACAAUUUCGAGACGUGGAAAAGAGAUUUCAAGGCUCGGUUAAGGGAAGCAAAGGCGAAGCUGCACAGGCUCGGGCAUGCUGAUGGGGAGAAACAUAUUCGCAGGAAAUGGAACAGUAUUGUUGCCUCACAAAAGCGGUUUGGUUUGUGCUAG